CAUGUGCAAAAUUGUGAUUCGGACGAUUAGCUGUUUUCACGUUCGCCGGACUGAAGGUCCACGACAACAACAACAAACAAAUUUAUUUUUCAGAAGAAUAUAGAACAAGAACUGUAAAGGAUGGCAUCCCCAGACAGUCUAGUUGACGCGGGUCUGGCAACAGUUGCUGCAGAAUAUGAAAUAUCUAUGACAAAAAAUGAAGAUGGGAAACAAAUAAUGCACAGUCGUAAACAGAACAUUACUGUAGGCAGUGUGUAUAGGGAAGAUGGAACUGUCGAAAUUGAAUCAACACAAGAUGAUGAUGAUGAUGAUAUGAAUGGUAAGAAAGGGACUGAUGAAGGCAUGUAUUAUAUCUGUCAAGUGUGCGGGAAGACAUUUGACUAUAAACACGAAAUUGAGCAACACUUGGUUAAACAGGAAUGUAAGGGAAUGGAAAAGGAGGUGAAAGAAAUGUACGAGUGUGGAGAAUGUAAAACACUUUGCUCUUCAAUGAAUAGUCUAGCUUCCCAUAUGAUGGUACAUAAGCAGAAAGUUGUGGUUGUUCGACAUGGACUAAAUGAGCAUCUUUCAAGAGUUGGUUACACGUGUACCAUAUGUCAUAAAGUUCUGGGAAGUAAAGGAAACUUGGCAAAACACCAGAUCAUUCACAUGGGAGUGAAGCCUUAUAAAUGUAGUUUUUGUGUGAAAGAGUUUUCUUUGAAAGGUAACCGUGACAAGCAUGAACUUAUUCACACAGACAAGCGAGCGCACCAGUGUCAGAUUUGUUCCAAAAGAUUUACUCUAAAAGGUAAUCUACAACAACACAUACUGACACAUUCAACAGUGAAAUUUUUCCGAUGUUACCUCUGCGAGAAAGAGUUUACCUUAAAGGGGAAUCUAGACAAACACAUCAAAAGACAUGCAAAUGGUCUUCCCGUUCAAAAAGGGAGUUAUGCUAAUAAAGGCGAGAUGAUUGUUUGUAAAAGACCCGUGAUUGGUCCGGAGAGUAGUGAAGCUGAUAAACAAACGGCUGCAGGGCCAAUGGGGAGCUUUCAUUUCAAAAUUGGUGGGUUAAUAGGUAGUCUAAAGGCAAAGUUGGAAAACUCUAUCAUGAGUACAGAAGGUUUUGAUGAACUUGCGAAGGGAGAGGCGAUCAAACAGUUAGCAAGGGAAGUAACUGUUGGGACAAGUGAUAUUGUAGAGGAUGUUGCAGCUACUGAAGAGAACAAAAGUAAUGAGCAGGAAAAUAUUGUUCAAAAUUUGUAAAAAAAACAAUGUUGUUUUGAAUAUAUCAAUUGUGUCUUGUAGUUUAAUUGUUAUAAAUAUGUUAAAAUCUUGCAAUGUUUCUUGAUAAGUUAUCUAAGUUGUUACAUCAAUGUAAUAGGUUACAUUCUCGUAACCUUUAAAAUGCUAAAUAUCUAUAAAGGCAUUGUCCGUCUUUAAGUCUUGACAAAAUUAUUCAUCAUUUUUAGAGGAAAAUUUAUAAAAUACAUCUGUUACAGUGUAUGUACUCUCUGAAUUGCGGACCAUAAAAUCAGACGUUGUUCCCAUGCCAGCUGAUUUUGGUCUGCACUGCUUCCAUUGGUAAAGUCUAUUGCCAAC